AUGAGCUCAAGCUCCUCACCUAUCGCCGAUCGGCGGAAAGUGAGAUCCAAGAAUGGCUGCUUGACCUGUCGCAUCCGAAAGGUCAAGUGUGACGAAAAGAGGCCAGUCUGUAACAGAUGCGAGAAUAGCCCCAACAGAUGUGAAUGGCUUGAGCCGGGACAAUCGUUGAGUGCAAGGGGACAGCCUACUAAGAGGUUCCCGAGUCCUGUUGGCUAUGGAAGUCCCAGACUUAUUGCGUCAAGUGAAUCGCCAAUUACGAAUCUGACCCCGACCGACUCGGCAAGCCCAGCCGACUUCCACUCGCAAGGGAGCGGUCGUGAAUCACCGCUACCUUCUUUAUCAACAGUUCAUAUUGCUCUUGCGAACUCGCUUCAUUUGAGCUCCGAGGAUCGUGCGGCGUUUGCAUAUAUUCCUAGUUCGAUAUUGGUCUUGAGCUAUGGAAAACUCUGGCCAUGGAGUAACUUUUCAUAUAUUUACACGCACAUCGCCAGUCAAUAUCCCGGAGUAAUGAGAAGCUUCAUUGCAGUUGCCAAUAUGGAGCUAAGAGCAAAAGAUCUCCUCACCGCACAGGACGCUAUCGACCCGGCUGGGGUUCUGGAAAGGGCAAGUCGACUUGGGUCCUCUGCAACUGUCCAUUAUACACAGGCUCUACAAGAUUUGUCGUCUUUACUAAGCCAUAUUUACCAGACAGGAGAACAGAGUUGUGAUGUCGACGCCUUGUUCACUAUGUGGUUCCUUAUUCUGAAGUACGAGGCUCACGAUUCAGAAACCAUUGGGUCAUCUUUAUUGCAUCUCGAAGGAAUUAGAUCUUUUUUAAGACCAUAUCUGCAAGGAGAUGAACAGAAGAGACUACCGUGCAUAGCGCAGGGAAUGCUCUUGUACACUCUGUAUCUGGAUGCAGAUUCGGCUACAGGGAACCCCAACAGCGGUCAAUUCUGUCUCGACUUUCUCUCCCGUGAUGCUCACGACUAUAUUUCGCAUGAACACCUCUUUCUUAGCGUAAGAUCGGCUCUUCCCAAGAUCUGGGGCGAGCAAUAUCCUGUAUACGAACUUCUAGACGAUUUGGAGAAUUACCGCCCGCUACGUCUGUAUCAUCUAUGUCAAGGAGCGAAGUUGGAGCUUCUCAGACUCGCGAGAUCAACAACACAUGAUGUAUCGGAGGAAGAUAGUCUAAAGAAACUCUGGCGACAUGUUGAGCAUUUCGGUGAUGAAUUUGUAGACAUCUUACUCCUUGCUAAGAAAACCCCCAGUUCGGGUGGUAAACGUCUCAUGUGGACAGUCUACUCCGCAGCACUCGACUUUCAUGCCCUUCAAAUCCUGUGUUCAAGCCUAGACACAUACCACGAAACAUCUUUUCAACCCGAGACUUCACUAUCAUAUAUCUUCGCUAUCGCGACCAAAGCAUUGACUGAAGAUCCACGACAAAUCUAUCGUUUCAUGUGGUCACUUUCUGUGGCGUUAGGGAAGACGCAGGGGUAUAGUAGUCAGGCUUGGUUAUCUACACAACUUGCCAGGGCUCGGGUCUUGUUACCACGAUUUGGUGUUCCGGGAUUAGUUUUGGAGCAAUGCAGCGGACUUCAGAUAAGCAAUGAGGGAUAA